AAAUUCUAUCAUUGACACUGACAGCAACACAAUUGAAUUCAUCACAAGCUGAGUUCUGUGAAUGUAUAAAGUGUCUACGCUUUUUGGACAUUAAAUUCGCUUGGUUUUGUAUCCUCUGCGAUGUCGUCUUCCCAAGCACACGACCCCUUCGAACUCGACCUCGGCCUACGAACAGGUAUACCCGCCAGUAAUCCGGUUCAGUACGUUGCUCCUACAUUAGAGGACACGCUCCCACGUACAGGCUCUCAGCAUACAGGAGAGUCUAAUCAGGACCCAACCUUUGGCGAACAAACCCAAAGUGAGACCACACUCGACAUCCCAACACAGGUGUUGUCGAGAGAACCCUCAUUCGAGCCCCAGGAACCACCUUCUCGCUCAUCAGCUCCGUCCCCCGCUCCCACGGAAAUCAUCCCCUUGGACCUCACUCAAGAGGAAAUCGUAGAAGAAAUCCAGAAAACGGGAAUAAAAGUUCGCGAUUUUGCCCAUGAGGCCGUUCCAAUUCCGCAGCGCGCUGUCGAGCUCUUUGAUCCAUUACAGGCGUGGAACACGUACGAGACCGUAAUUUCGCACCCCACUAUGAUGCGGCCAUGUCUUCCGGGGAAAAUCACACGUCGCCUGCUUGAUAUUGGCUGGCUUAAGAAAGAAGAUGAAGAGGAGCGAUGGAGUAAUAAAGACAGGGAAGCACUUGAGGCCUACGACAAACGACCGCAUUACCCAUGGCGCGCGUACAACCUUCCCAAACCCAAGCGGGAGGUGCUUGCUAAGACGUGGAGAAUGAGGUUUCAAGAGAUUACCGCUGAACAAAUGCUGGCGACGAUCUCCAGACCCUUCUCUAGAUUCAGGGCGCCUUCUGAGUUUGGCGGAAACAUAGAGAAAAAGCGUAGUGCCACUGCUGACCAAGAUGUGCAAGAUGGGGACGUUUCUCCGCGGACCAAAAAGCGACGUUUGGAGCAGAAAGACGCAGCGUCUUUGGCACCAAUGCUGAGCCAGCCACCUGUUUUAAUCAAUGGUCGGCCACCCCAACAAUACCCAGCCGGCAAUCCUGCAGAUAUGCAGAAGCCAUCGUCCUCCUUUCAACCAACUUCUACCCGUACGCUUCAGCGCGUAUCGUCGUAAUUUAUGCUACGUUGCGAUGGAUUGCCCGCGGCGAUUCUCACUGUGCCACUCCUGUCGUUUGCCUUUCUUUGACAAUAAUUGCCAAUACGCGUCGUAAAGUAAUGUUGUGACUGUAUUACCUUUUUACUUGCUUGGGAUGAGGUAUCUCCGGAGAUUGUAGCAUUGCUAUCAAGUUAGCCGUACUCCGUGUUCCUUGUAAUAUUCCUUGUAAUGUUUUUUUUUGUUCUAUUCACUUUCCAAACUCUUCCGUGAAAAUAAUCAGAUAGACACGUGAUAGCGACGUCGAUCACCGAUCAUAAUGAUAUAGAUCAUAAUCGAAAUUGCUGAACGGAGA